AACAUUUCUCCACUUAUUUAGUAGGUUUGCCUCUUCAGGCAACGCGAAGGUGUCCAAACAUUGCGAAAUGAGUCAUUACGCCGGUAAUUCCCAAUAUAAACGAAGAUUAUUGCUGCUGCUGAGCUCACAUACGAAUACAAACUGGAGGAAGAAAGAUCAUACGUGAAAACUCAUGAAAACACCAUCCAGAUGGAAGAAUUCAGCUUCGGAAUGUUCGACGAGCUGCUGGAGGGUGAUCGGCAUCCCCUGCAGAUCGACGACUACGCGGAUGAGGAGGACGAUCUGCAGCUCACCUCAACAAAGCCGAGCCUAGUUGACAGGCUAAGAGCCCAAGAACCCUCCAUCUACGCACCUGUGGGAGGUGACACCAAGCUGCACUUUGCCAUCCGGUGCGGCAAACAGGUCGAUAUCGAUGCCCUGCUGCAGUUGUAUCGAGAGGAUUUCGACAAAGUGCGGGAUCACUUGGUAGGGAAGUACGAUUGGGAUGCCGAGGACAAAAUUUGGUUUACGAAAACCAUUUUGGUGGCGACCACUGAUGAGCACUGUCAAAGUGCAAAGGACUUGGAGAAUCGGAACGUUGGUGCUGAAGAUUUGCGACGUGCAGUGCUUGUACUGUUGAAGUACCCGGUAAAUGGUGAAGACGUGGCUGUCUUACAUCCCAGCAAGUCCGAUCGUUUGCCGGUAGCCCAGCUUAUCCAAACUCUAGUUCCAAAUGGGUUUCUAUCGUGGAACUACGUUGGGACGGAAGGAAACCAAGAAACGUUUGUUCAAUCAGCCGUGUUAAAAGCAAUGCAUCAUGUCAUCGAGCGACUGUACGAGCUUGGCGCUCCAAUCGCCAUUCCAGGCUACAACCCGCUGCUGACAGCUAUCAGAUGUAACAGGAUGGAAACGGUAAAUUGGCUUCUAACGGAGCAUUUCGAUCACUUCGAUUGUACACUUCGAGACGCUGGAGAAUGUAACGCAUUGAUAACCGCAAUGCAAAGAAACGACGGAGCAUUAUUCGAUCUUGUUGUCGAGAAGAUGAUAGCCUAUCGGCGGAAGUACUUCGCUGAAACCGAAGAAGAAGCGUUUCACAAAAUAUUUAUAUUAGUACAUGAGGAGUACUCGUACACCACGAUCUUUACCUACGUUAAAAAGUCUGGACCAAUUUUCGAACGGGUGGAGAAGGCUAUUCAAAAGUACAAACUGAGGCUGUCACAUCGAUGGAAGAACAUCAUCGUACUGGGAAGUUUGAUCGAACGUAACAUUGCACUGGAAUACUGCUUCGAGGGCAUUCGAAACGAUCCACAACUGUUGGGAUUGACAGAGCACGAGACGACGACUAUUCUGCAUCAACUGCUAAGAUGGGGUCAUCUCGAGUUCAUUCGUGAAAUGUAUAGCAAGUAUCCAGAGGUGCAGUCCUUCUUCAACUCAGACGGUGCCUUCGAAACGCUGCGAAAAGUGAUCUUCGAUCAAAGUCGUGAGACGGUACAGUUUAUGCUCGAGCAUCACGAGGAUUUUUUGAAAAACGACAUGGAAAAAUUAAAGGACAAAUUGCUGUGCUAUUACCAGGAAGAAUUUUAUGAGGAACGGAAAGACCUUUUCAAAGAGUAUUUUCCAGAGCUACAAGACAGUAUACAAGAGGUAUUGAGAUGGACGCACAUAGACGACUAUUACUACGGCAUUGAAGGAUCGUUUGCCAAAGCCAACAUCGAUGUUUCAAAUUUUGACAAGCUGCCCGAACCAUAUGCAACCGUCAGAGGAUCAAACGGAGAGACUCUUCUCCACUUGGCUGUAGAUAAAGACGACAUAGAACUGCUGGUUCGGAUGCUGGAAGCAGGUUGCGAGCUGGACGUACUGGACAACGACGGAAACCAUCCAGUUCAUCUGGUGAAAAGCGAAAAAAUGCUUGACUUGAUCAUCGAUCGACACACGGAAGGUCGGAGCCUUAUCCAGCGAACCAACAACGAUGGCUGUACGGUUCUGCACAAGCUCUGCCAACAGAGCAUAGAUUCUAAAAAGUUGGUUUCCCUGCUGGAAAAGGUGAUCGCGUACGGUGCGGACGUGCACCAGCUGACCAAGCAUGGUGAAAAUGCUGUCUUCUUCGCUGGAGAUCACGACGUGUUAGACUUUCUCCGGAGUCACGCAGUGAAACUGGACUAUGUUAACAACAGUGGAGAAACUGCGCUGGAAAUACUUCUUUGGAAUGUUUGGGUUGCCCGACCACUGUUCAGUUACGUCCACGACCUACCCUCGUUCAAGGAGCAUGCCCACAAGUACCUUGCACCAAUGCUGAAUCAAUCCGGACAUGUCUACACGUACGACUACAAAGUCAUUUUCGAGAAAUACCCCGAAGCAGCACGGGUCAUGCUCGACUCCGUGUACGAACAUUCCCGCGACGAGGCCUGCCGACUGUUCUCUAAAGCCUGCACUACCGGCUUCGUCUACGUGGUGGAACUGUUUCUGGACGGCAACUAUGAGCUGGAUUACAACUACAAAGACCAAUACGAGGAUACUCCCUUCCUCGGACUGAUCAAACAUAUGGAACAAGUCACCGCACGAGUUAUCAGGCGAUUGCUGGAGAAGGAAGUCGACCUACGGGCACGGUGUGAAUGGGGCAGAGACGCUCUGAUGCACCUGAUUUGGCGGUAUCGAACCGCCAAAUUGAAAGGACUUGGACUGGACACCGUGCAGCUGAUGCUGGAUCAUGGAGCGUCGAUAAACACUACGGACGAGGACGGAAAUACGCCGCUUCAUUUGGCAUUUGAGCAGAAAGAAUUUGAAUUGGCAGAGUUUCUGAUUGAAAAUGGUGCCAAUUUGAACGCAGUGAAUAACAUAGGAAAACGACCGUUCGAAAUGGCACCAUCGUUGGAUCGGGAACUGUUUUACUUUUAUUCGGACUAUCCAUUGAAUUUCAUUAUUGCUGCUGCUGAGCUCACAUACGAAUACAAACUGGAGGAAGAAAGGUCAUUCGUGAAAACGCGUGAAAACAACUUUCUGAUGGAAGAAUUCGGCUUCGGACUGUUUGACGAUCUGCUCGAGGGUGAAGUGCAUCCACUGCAGAUCGACGAGUACGAGGAUGAGGAGGGCUACCUGCGCAAACUGAAAGACAAGGAGCUGAACAUUUAUGCACCUGUUGCUGGGGACACCAAACUGCAUCGCGCCAUCCGGAGUGGGAAGCAGAUCGAGAUCAAUGGCCUGAUUGAAGUUUAUCGAGAGGAUUUCGACAAAGUGCGGGAUCAUUUGGUGGCGAAGUAUCAGUGGAAUGGCGAGGACAAGCUUUGGCAGAGGAAGACUAUAUUGGUGGCGAGCAGUGAGGAGCAAUGCCAGAGUGUCAAAAACUUUGAAAAUCAACAAGUUGAUGCAGAACAAUUGCGACGAGCAGUGUUUGUUCUGCUUAAACACCCAGUGAAUGGUGAGGAAGUUGCAGUACUGCAUCCGGAUAAAACAUGUCGCGCAGCUGUAGCUGAAUUGAUCACGACACUUAUUCCAAAUGGUUUUCUUUCAUGGAAUUUUGUCAGAACAAAUGGAGUCAGAGAAACGUUCAUGCAAGCAGCUGCUAGUAAAGGACUUCAUAAAGUUAUCGAUCGACUUUACGAGCUUGGUGCUCCGAUCGCCAUACCUGAUCACAAUGCACUGCUUACAGCGAUUAGAAGUAAUAGGAAAGAAACGGUGAGGUGGCUUCUAACCGAGCAUUUCGAUCACUUUGAUUGUACGCUUCGAGAUAGUGCUGAACACAACGCUUUGAUUGCGACCAUUCAAAGAAAUGAUGCUGGAUUGUUUGAUCUUGUUCUUGAGAAGAUGCUUGACUAUCGACAGAAGUACUUUAAUGAAACUGAAGAGGAGGCGUUUCACGAAAUAUUUCGAUUAGAACAUGAGGAGUACUCAUACACUACAAUCUUUACCUGCGUGAGAAAAUCUGGACCGAUUUAUGAACGAGUGGAGAAAGCUGUUCAAAAAUACAAACUGAAGCUGUCACAUCGCUGGAAGCACAGUGUCGUACUGGGACGAUUGAUCGAACGUAACAUUGCACUGGAAUACUGCUUCGAGGGCAUUCGGAACGAUCCCCAACUGCUGGGCUUGAUAGAGCAUGAGACAACAACCAUUCUGCUCCUGCUGAUAAGGUCCGGACAUCGUGAUUUCGUUCUAGAAAUGUACACUAAACAUCCCGAGGUGAAGUCCUUCUUCAACUCGGACGGUGCCUUCGAGCUACUACAAAAAGCGAUCGCCGAUCAAAAUCGUGAAACGCUACAGUUUAUUCUUGCACAUCACGAAGGAUAUUUGAAAAGUUACAUGGACAAGUUGAGGAACCAAGUCGUUUGUUGCCAAUAUUACACAAAGGAAUUUUAUGAAAAACAUCGUGACUUGCUCAAAGAGUUCUUUCCGGAGCUGAGAGAUAGUAUAGAAGAGAUGAUGACGAAGGCGCAUACGAGCAAAUAUUAUUACGGAAUUGAAGGAUCGUUUGCCAAAGCCAACAUAGAUGUUUCCAAUCUCGACGAGCUGUCCGAACCAUAUUCAACCGUCAGAGGAUCGAACGGAGAGACUCUUCUCCACUUGGCUGUAGAUAAAAACGACAAGGAACUGCUGGUUCGGAUGCUAGAGGCAGGUUGCGAGCUCGACGUGCUGGACAAUGACGGAAACCAUCCAGUUCAUCUGGUGAAAAGCGAAGAAAUGCUGGACUUGAUCAUCAAUCGACAUCCGGAAGGUCGAAGCCUUAUCCAGCGAACCAACAACGAUGGCUGUACGGUUCUACACAAGGUCUGCCAACAACGUAUGGAUCAUAAACCUCUUAUCAACCUGCUGGAAAAGGUCAUCGACUACGGUGCGGACGUGCACCAGCUGACCAAGAACGAAGAGUCGGCCGUCUUCUUCGUAGGAAGCUGUCGCUUGCUGGACGUUCUGCUAAAACACAAAGUUCAACUGGAUAUCGUCAACAACUGUGGAGAAACUCCUCUGCAACGACAUCUCUACAGCGGAAACACUUGCAUGGCAAUGCCACUAUUUAGUUACGUCCACGACCUACCCUCGUUCAAGAAGCAUGCCCACAAGUACCUUGCACCAAUGCUAAACCAAAGCGGGCAUGUUUACACGUACGACUACAAAGUCAUAUUCGAGAAAUACCCUGAAGCAUCACGGAUCAUGCUCGACUCCGUGUACGAACAUUCCCGCGAAGAGGCCUGCCGUCUGUUCUCCAAAGCUUGCACUACCGGCUUCGUCUACGUGGUGGAAUUAUUCCUGGACGGCAACUAUGACCUGGAUUACAACUACAAAGACCAAUACGAGGAUACCCCGUUUUUAGGACUGAUCAACUACAUGGAUCAAGUCACCGCCCGAGUUAUCAAGCGAUUGCUGGAGAAGGGAGUCGACCUGCGGGUACGCUGUAGAUGGGGUAGAGACGCCCUGAUGUACCUGAUCUGGCGGUAUCGAACCGCCAAGUGGAACGGACUUGGGCUGGACACGGUGCAACUUCUGCUGGAUUAUGGAGCGUCGAUAAACACUACGGACGAGGACGGGAAUACACCGCUGCAUUUGGCAUUUGAGCAAAAAGAAUUUGAGUUGGUAGAAUUUCUGAUUCUAAAUGGUGCCAACUCGGACGCAGUCAAUAAUAAGGGGAAGCGACCGUUUGAAAUGGCGCCAGCUUUGGAACGGGAAUUGUUUUACUUUUAUUGUGAUGACUUGUGCCGUACUUAAGAGUUGGCACACCCUCGUGUGUUGACGUAAACGCCUGUUGAUUCUAUAAUAAAAGUUUAUAAGUGUU